AUGCCAUUGAAAAGUCGAAUCGAUGCAAAAAGGACAGAAUCUGAACGUUUACAAGCGAUAGUAGUCGAUCUUUUACGAGAAGAGGAAAACAAGUACUGUGCCGAUUGCGAAGCGAAACAACCUCGAUGGGCAUCCUGGAAUCUAGGAGUAUUUCUUUGCAUACGUUGUGCCGGCAUCCAUCGUAAUCUAGGUGUUCAUCUCACCAAGGUGAAGUCGGUCAAUUUGGAUUCAUGGACUCCAGAGCAAGUGCAAAGUAUGCGGCUGAUGGGGAAUAAAAUGGCACGCCGUGUUUAUGAAGCAGAGCUUCCUGAGCAUUUCCGCAGACCGCAAACCGAUUCUGCUCUUGAAUCAUUCAUCAGGGCAAAAUAUGAACAAAAGAGAUAUAUCCUGAAGGAUUGGUCGCCUCCUCCACUUGAUGUGAACGACUUACCACCCUCCCUGGAUAAGAAACAAAUUUCUGAUCGCGUUAUACGUCUAAAUACUAAAGAAAGAAAUCGCUGCUCGGAUUCAACGGAGAAUAAUAGAAAUAUGGCUGGAAAUUCCAACGUAGCAAAUGCUGCUGCUGAUACAAAGGACAACAGAAUUAUAGAUGUGUCGCUCUUAGACUUAAGUACUUCCAUGGUAGAAGUCAGUCAUAGUGAACUUCCACCCACCUUGCCUUUUGCUGUCAUAAACAAAAAUAAAAUGGAUUUGAAUAAUGUCAUUAUGGGAAUCGGCGACAAAAAUGAAAUGGAAGAUUUCGGUCCAAUUGUUUCUGCUCCACCUGCGAAAUUGCAGUCUGAUAUUUUUGCCACGGAUGCUGUAGCGUCUUCUUCAAAUGGCAAAAAUGGUCUCACGACUGGUAUCUCAGAAAAUAAUUUGGAAGAAUUAGCAUCGGUGUUAGGAUCUAGUCCCGUAGUGAAUGAGAAAAAGAGCACUUCUGAUAUCCUUGCUUUGUAUGGAACUGCAUCUAAAUUUUAUCCUCGAUCAGCAAAGCAUCAGCGUCGAUUACAACUGUUUUCUGAGGUUUCAUCCGAUGAUGAUAACACGCCCGGUAAAGCAAAGAACAUUCAUUUAUCUGAUACGUCCAGCAUCGGGUCAUUUUUCGGCCCAUCCGUUGUUCCUCUUGCUCAGCGGUCUUUUGGAUCUCAGAAUGGCUAUACACAGUUAGCCAUAUUUGGACCAGAAACAAACACUUUACCAGCAGGAAAUUUUUUCCUAAAUCGUGAUACAGCGGCGAUUUUCGCCGCUGCUUCACCCUUCGCUAAUGUCCCAGUGACAGCAGAAAGUGGAAUUUUAUCGAGUUCUCAAAAAGUUAAUUCGGGACACGUGGAUAUACCAUUCCGAAAAAUUUCAGAUGGAUUCACAGCACUAAGCAACAUCCAGCCGAGAUCGGAUGACGAUGGAAGUGGUGUUAUUUCCUGUGGUACUACAGAGGGCUUCCCGCUGAAAACUUAUCCCGAUUUACAGGAAACGAGAACCCCAGCUCUGAAUCAUUUGAUGGCAGAUUUUGGUCAGUUCAAUAUCAGUGAUGAAUCUAGGGAACAAAAUAGCUUACAGAAAAAUAUUUCAUGGAAUUAG